UAGAACAUGUCAGAUAAAACUUAAAUGCUUGAGUCAUACAUAAUAAAAUUUAUAGAUGGAUCUCAAAUAUAGAAUUCUAACAUCAGAAGACGUUGAAGCUGUUCGCAAACUUCUGGAAGAAUAUUAUACCAACAAAUUUCCUCUCACGAAAUACCUUGGAAUAAAAAAUGAAGAUUUACGAGAUACGUAUUACUCGCGUAUAGAGUCAUUUUUGAAACAAGGAAACUCAUUUGGGGCAUUCGAUGAAUUAGAUCAAUUAGUUGCAGUUUUCGUAAAUGUGAAACCAGACGAAAACGAAAAAAAUGCAUUUGAAAAUACAUUGAAAUCACACGAAAAAAUAGAUGCAAUUAACAGGAUGAUGAUAUAUCUCGGCCAAGAUGAUCUUCCUGAUAUUCUUGGAACAACCGAAUACUGGGAAAUGAAAAUGUCAGUAGCUCAUCCAAAAUAUCGCAGCUUGGGUGUGACAAAUGAACUAUUUUGGAAAACCCUCGAGCAUGCCAAACGAAAGAAAAUCAAAAAACUUGUCGGUUUUCAAGCGUACGAAAAUCUUCGUCCCCAUUUCAAAGCUGUAAGACGAAUGGAUUUAAGAGAAUACAGAGACUCCGUGACCGGACAAAAAUUAUUUUCGGGAUUGAAACCACCAAAUCAUGUUCUUAUUCUUUCUAAAUGUGAUGUAGAUGAUGAAACUAUUAUGAGGUUAAACAGUCAUCUUUAGUUAAUUAAAGUCCCAUGAAUAUGAUGUUAUUAUACUUUCUGGAGAUUAUCACCAGCAAAUAUUUAUUGCAGCAAAUAUUUGCAUUUUAAACUGCCAUAAACUACAUGUUGUCUAAUUGUCUUGACGUCGUUGUCUAAAAUCACAGUUUGCUCUCAUUUCACAGAUUUUCUAUUCUUUUCGUCUUAAAAACUACACUCACAUUUUGACAGAUGAGAAAUUAGUUUAUGGCUUGUCCGUAAAUUUUCACUUAAAAAUUACAUUUUUUGAUAAUAUUGAAUCGUUAUAAAUAUAUAAUAGUAAAUUAGA